GACGGAGGAAAGGCUGCUGCACAGGUUUAAGCUCUGUCUUGUCAUUUCGGAGUCUGCGAGAGAGGAAGCUGCAGCAGAGAUUCAGAGGAGAUAUCUGGGGGCCAUGUGAGGUACAUGCUCACCAGAGAAAAUAUGUUGACGUUGCCAUUCGAGGAACCUCAUAUGAUGUGUGAGCCGCGGUUUGGUGCCAGUUAUCCCCGUGACAGCUUACCUGAGAGCCUGGAGCAGGAGCGAGCGGCCGACCCGGACAGGUCCGACCUGCUAGACAUGAGGGAGGCCGAGGACGACCUCUCCGACAGGGACGAGGACGAGAGAGAAGACGAAGACGAUGAUGAAAACGGACUUCCUAAAAAACGGGGGCCCCGGAAAAAGAAACAGUGCAAGGAGCAUGUAGACAGGGCCAAACUCCGGCGCAACGAAGCCAACGCCCGAGAGCGCAGCCGCAUGCACGGCCUGAACGCCGCGCUGGAGAGUCUGCGCAAAGUUGUGCCGUGCUACUCCAAAACUCAAAAACUGUCAAAGAUUGAGACGCUUAGACUGGCUAAAAAUUACAUCUGGGCCCUGUCAGAGACUCUGAGCGCAGGGAAGAGACCAGACCUCCUCGCAUUUGUGCAGACUUUGUGUAAAGGAUUAUCCCAGCCGACCACCAACUUGGUGGCCGGUUGUUUGCAGCUAAACGCGAGAAAUUUCCUCACAGACCACAACGGUGAGGUGGUGUUUUCGGGCAGGUCGCCGUACGACGCCAUGUACUCGUAUACCGGCUCAGACAUGAACUCUCCCCCGGGCCACAGCGGCGGAAACCUGGACACCAGCAGCAGCACCAAUAAGCCGUUCCGACACUACAGCUACGGCGGCGCGUACGAGCCGUAUUACGAGAACCCGUCUCCAGAUAGCGGGAGCCCGCACUUUGACAGCCAGCUGAGCCCGCCCAUGAGCUUUAAUGGGAUUUUCUCACUGAAACACGACGACCCGCCAGACUACGGCAAAAGCAGCCACUACGGCAUGCGCUACUGCGGCGCGCCAGGGCGCACGGCGCUGGCGCACAACUCCAUGUACCGGGUCUCCCCCGAGGGCCGCGGCUUCCCCUACGACCUGCACGUCCGUAGUCAGGCUUUCCAGUCACAAGGGGAAGUCAAUGGCUCUUUCCACACCUAAGUCAAUCAGCUGGACAAGAUUCCGGCCCCCUCAGAGGCGAUGCAAUCUCCCCCGCACAAGAUGUCCAGAAUGUACCAUCGUGGACUCGCACACAAAGAUAACUUAAAUGCCCAUUUAAACAAGUCAUUUUUGAGUUUGUAAGUCUUUUUAAAAGACAACAAGAGCUGCCCGGACGAAAUGAUUUGGUUUUCAAACAGUUGGUGUUACUGUAAAAUUGUUUUGAUAAAAGAAAAGUGACAGCGCGAGAACCUUUUUAGUUGGUAAUAUGUAUAUAUCUAUAUAUUUAUAUAUCUAUAGAUAUAUAUGUGUAGCCCAAAAGGUCAAAUGAUUGGCUCGUUAUACUGUCUCGUUUCAAAACAAUUCUGAUAUUAAAUAUUUUGUUGAAGGGUUUAAAGCAAGUUGCAGUUCAGUUUUUACACCUGCAGUUUUUACACGGCAUCCUUGACAUGUCAAGGAUGCCGUUUAUGUUUUUAGUUGAAGCUGAUUAUGGAAAACCAAUUCUUGUUCAUUAAAAAGUUCAGUAGGCAUAUACACAGUGAAUUGUUUGUCGAGGUAAAAUAAAAAUCAACUAAACAACCAACUGAGGAAGAGGAAACUAAAUGUGUUUCGCUUUGCAGGAAAGUUUAUCGAGACAUGAUUGGAGUUCAGAGAAUAAAUCUGUCAGCAAUAAAAGUCCACUGAGCUAUGCAAGGUAGUCAAAUGCAAUCUUUCUAAUAAUAAUAAAUAAUACUAAUUGUG